CUGGGCCGCCCCCAGCCCGUACCUGGCCCUGCGCCCCCGUGUCACUGUCGCGCGGUGUCUAAGUGAGCCCUCUCUCUGACUAGCAAAAUGGUUAUCAAAGUUUUUGUGGCCACAUCUUCUGGGUCCAUAGCGAUUAGGAAGAAACAGCAAGAAGUAGUGGGAUUUUUGGAAGCUAAUAAAAUUGACUUUAAGGAAUUGGAUAUAGCUGGAGAUGAAGAUAACAGAAAGUGGAUGAGAGAGAAUGUACCUGGAGAGAAAAAACCUCAAAAUGGGAUUCCUUUGCCCCCCCAGAUCUUCAAUGAAGAGCACUACUGUGGGGAUUUUGACUCUUUCUUCUCUGCCAAAGAAGAGAAUAUUAUAUAUUCGUUCCUUGGUUUGGCUCCGCCUCCAGGCUCCAAGGAAACAGAGAAGACUGAAGAAAGUGGAGAAAAUGAGGAUGUUGAAGAUGCGGGCAACCUCCCUGAAUCCCAAGAGAAGAGUAUGGAAGAAACUACGGAGGAAGGAGCAGAAGGGGAGACCGAGGACCAGGAGGGAGAGGAGGAGGAAGCUGAAACAGGAGAAGAGCCAGGAGAAGAAGAAGGAGAAGAUUCUUAGGCCUCUUCCUGCUUUCUUUCUUCAGGUUUUCCAGAAAACACAAACCGUGAAGCAACAUUUCAACCAUCUCCCCACAAACCAAACUCAACAAAAUGCUUUGGUCGAAGCUAGCACACUCUCAGUAUAUCAAGGGUUCUCUGAAGAAUUAUACUGCUUAAUGUGGCAAGACGUACCUGGAUAUAUCUACUUAAUUAUGUGACAUGAAAUUCAAUGUGAAGACAAUACAUGCCUACCUUCAAGUACCUGAAAUUUUGGUCUUUGCUUAAUAAAUUUUUUUUUCUUUUGCCCUGCAUGAACAGACCUUCUUACUAAUACUCUGAAAAAAGUUUUUCCUCUGUAUGUGCCUUAUGCCCCUUGUCUCAGAAUUAGCUUUGAAAGUGAAUGUGCCCUCCAGAAAACAAUCAUAUAAAUAAAGAUUAAUAGCAGA